AUGGCGGCCUCGAAGCUGCUGCUGCCGCUGCUGGCUGCAGCUCUCCUGCUGCACGGGGCCACUGCGCUGAGGAUCAGCGCGUUCAACAUCAAGGCGUUUGGGGACAGCAAGAUGUCCAACCAGACCAUUGCAGAUUUCAUCGUCUCUAUCCUGUCGGAGUACGACAUCACCGUGGUGCAGGAGGUGCGGGACGCCGACCUGAGUGCCGUCAGGAAGCUGAUGACCCAGCUCAACAGUGCGUCGCCGUACCCCUACAGCUUUUUGGACAGCAUCCCCCUGGGGCGGGGCAGCUACAAGGAGCAGUACGUCUAUAUCUACAGGUCAGACAUCGUCUCCGUGCUGGGAAGCUACUACUACGAUGACGGCUGCGAGCCCUGCGGGACCGAUGUCUUCAGCAGGGAGCCCUUCAUCGUGAAGUUCUCCUCGCCUACUACGCAGCUGGAGGAGUUCGUGGCAGUGCCCCUGCACGCGGAGCCCAGCAGCGCGGCGGCCGAGAUCGAUGCGCUCGCCGACGUCUACACGGAUGUCAUCAACAAGUGGGCGACCAAUAACGUCCUCUUCCUGGGCGACUUCAACGCCGACUGCUCCUACGUGACCGAGGCACAGUGGCCCUCCAUCCGCCUGCGCUCCCACGAAUCCUGCGAGUGGCUCAUCCCUGACAGCGCCGACACCACCGUCGGCAGCACCAACUGCGCCUACGACCGCAUCGUUGCCUGUGGCUCUGCGCUGCGCCAAGCUGUCGAACCCGGCUCCGCCACCGUCAACAACUUCCAGCAGACUUUCCACAUCCAGAACAAGGAUGCUUUGGCCGUCAGCGACCAUUUCCCUGUGGAGGUGACACUGAAAGCCCGCUGA